GGAGUACUCACGACCGUAUGUGUCGCACUGGGAAAACGGUAACUCUGAGGAUGUGACACCCUCGUGCCAAGUAGCUGGCGGCGAUACGGUCUUCCGAGAGUUGUGAUCAUACUCCGUGCAUCCGGCUUUCCAGGAUGACGUUGUCGAGUCAUUUGUUCGAGCCAAAUGUUUCAACCCACUAUUGCUGUGCAAAAGCAUACAAGGAAAUGUUCGUGGUGCCCUAAUCCGUCGCAUGUAUCGCUCAUCGAGUAAGAGGUUAGGGAGAAAAUUUUUUGCAAGUUUUUCCAAGAUUAUGAAGAUCUAUCGACGGUCAUGUGCGUAUGAACAUAUUGGAUUCCUCCGUACUCAUAGAAAUUGUGAACAUUUUGCAAUCGCCAAAAGGUGCUCCUCC